AUGGCAGAUGUUGACAAGAUUGUAAAGGAGAAUGGAGGAGGCUAUCUCACCUGUGAGCUAUCUGAAGAUACUACAAGUGGCAUGGUACAAGGGAAAGAGGAAAUCCACAGGACUAAAACUGAUGGCAGCCUCAAAUCUUCCUCUGAGGAAGAACUUGAAAAGGAUGUUUUGGAACAAGGUGAAUCAGCACAAUUGGACAAUAUGAGAGAAAUUGGUAAGUAUACAGCACACUGACAAAACUUAACACAAAAGUUGUAGUGAGAUCAGCAUUGAAUACCACUGACAAUUAACUUUUGUUUCAUUAUGACUGGUUUAAAUGGACUGCAAAGAGGAAGUCACUGAAAUGGAUAUUGUCAACUUUCUUUCAGGAUUGGUAGCACUUAAGGAAGGAAGAGGGGAGCCAAGCAGUGAAGAAAAAUGUGGUGGGUAAAAUUCAGUAGUUAUACACCAUAUUGCAUCUAUUUUCUAUUAAACAGAGAGAGCUACGGCUCGGUAAGGAUUUGUCAUUAGGACCAGUGGCGGCUCCUGAAAAAAUUCUCAGGGGGGGCAAUUUUUCUGAUGAUUUAGGUGACCUACACACAUUUUAAAAAAGAUAUGUCCAGCAACAACAUGAAGACAGGGGCAGCAUAUAAGUCAAUACCAGAAGCAUUUAUUGACUGAUCUCAAAAGUGUUGGCUUACCAGGGUUGGUGGAGCCCUCAGUUUCAUCUUUGCCUCGCAAAGCUAACUCAAACACUCCGCAAAACUUCACACACUGGAUUAGCCGGCUGAGGAUGUGGCGGUUCUUGCUAAUGUCGUAGUAAAUAUAUUUGUUAUAGUGAAUAUGGAAUAUGAUAUGUUGAGUAAAAUGUUGUGCUAAGAUCUAUUUAGGUCAGGAGCUGGUUAUAAGUUCUGUUCCUAUCCAAUAACAAUGGACAAAAGGGUCCUAUCUUGUCAGCCUUGUCAGCAGGUGGCCAAGGACAACACCCACGCCAUAGGCCUCUCAGUUCUUCCAACUCACGAGUUCUUGCUCUGAGGACACACACACACACACACACAAACACACACACACACACAUCAUCACUGUUAAACACACACACACACACACACACACACAUCAUCACUGUUAAACACACACACACACACACACACACAAAAAUCCCCUCUCUUAGGCUGAACAUUUGAAGACAGAGAACCCGACUCAGAGCCAAUGCAACAGUGACAGUAGCCUGGAGGGGACCUCGCCCAACUCAUCAGGACCAAUCAGAAGAUCAGAACUACUAGAUUCAACCUACUUCAUUUAUUGCAUAAAAUGUCUGCACACAAUGUUUCGGGGCUCUCUUCAGAUAAUAAUAAUAAUAAUAAUAAUAAUAUGCCAUUUAGCAGACGCUUUUAUCCAAAGCGACUUACAGUCAUGCGUGCAUACAUUUUUGUGUAUGGGUGGUCCCGGGGAUCGAACCCACUACCUUGGCGUUACAAGCGCCGUGCUCUACCAGCUGAGCUACAGAAAGUGGAUACUCAUGGAUGCGCAUCGCAAUUGUAAAAUGUCAACACAAUUGGAGACACCACGUCAUUUUUGGAGACAUGUUAUUGACAGUAAACUAUUGUAGAUGCGACUGCUAACUAAAUAAAACAUUUUAGCUGGCUAGCUAAUCAUCUUAGCUAAAUGUGGGGCAAACAAUUCAGUUAUUUACCGUUAAUUUUAGGGAUUGGGGUGAAAGAAAUCGAGUUACAUAGUGAUACUUUACGAUAUACUGUAUUGACAAUAUCGCAAUAUUUUAGCGCUAGUUGGCUGUACCUGCACCAAAACACCAUUAUUGUUCCUUCAUAGCUUGUUCUCAAUCUUUUCACAUUGGGGAGCCAAUUUGUUUUCAGCACUUUUAUUUCCAUGACUGGUCAAAACUCGUUCUCAUGGCUUUCUGAUCCCUCUGCAACAGACAUAUGGUGCGCAAUAAAAUCACAGUAUCGAAUCGCAAUACGUAUAGAAUCAUGAGACUCGCAAUGCAUAUAUCUUAUCGUGAGGUUCCUGGCAAUUCCCAGCCCAAGUUAAUUUGCCACAACAAAUCUCUUCGCUAGCAAACGCGAUGUCUUCUCCAAAACGGCAAUGUGUCUCCAGCAAUGUUUACUUUUUUGACGUUCUAUGGCAUCUCCACUUUCCAAGCAUAUAUGACCACAUGUAAUAUUUUGGUAAGUGAUGCAAAUAGUGAACUAUGUAGGGCCAGGAUGUAAAAUAUAUGUAGCUGCAGCAAUUUCUCUUAUCUGAUAUGGUAAGUAAUGGGGCUUAAUGUAUAGCUCCCUAAUAGUUUGACGAACGGGUCCGUGCACGCGAUUCCAGAUAUCUUUACCUCUGAAUAAACUGCCUUUAUUAUACCAUAUCCACCCUGUCCAAAGUCUCUACUUGGUCUCAGUUCUCCAGUAAACUUGUGAUUAUCAACACUAACCUCAUCGUUGUGGCGGCGGACAGCUAGCCUGUAUCCCUCAUCCAGUUGAGUGGCAAUGUUCACUCCCCAAAGCAGACAAUCUCAAACAGAAAAAUCCUCGGGUGUAGGACUUUCCGCCUUUAGUAGAAACCUGUUGAAUUAUUAAAUUUGGUCUGGGAGGUCCUAAUUGUUUCGUUGCCAAUUUAUCUUGAUUUGUUCGCCGACAAAAAGUAACUUAUUUCAAAGAGACAAUCGAGUUGCACUGAACGCUAUAGCCAUCUUGAUAGUAGGGAGAACUCCGGGAUUGUGCGGGGGAGACUCAAGAUUUUAACUCAGUUACACCUAAGGAUUCAAAUGCGGAGCCAGGGCCAGGGAAUCCAUCUCUCUGUAUAGACAAGCAUCAACAGAAUUGCACUUUCACAAACUCUGCUGAUUCGGACAUGAAGAGCAGGGAUAUGGAUUUGUAUUUAUCGAAUGAUGAUUGGUCUACAGAUGUGGGCACUGAUUAUUGUAGCAAGAUAGACACAUUUAACAGACUUAUGCCAAGGACUUGAUUGUUCUGUCAAGGAAGUACAUGUAACAAAUAGUGGCUUACAUAUUAUAAACACUGAAGCAAAAUGCGAUUUUGAUGCUGUUUCCUCAGAAAGAACCACAAACGUGCCUUUCGACGUCAUCUUGGUGCACGCUUCUAAUCUGCAGCUCCAAAACAUCCAACCAUCAAAAUUAAAGUGCAACAGCUUGUGAUUGAGGCAUGCCAGCCCAGAGGAAGCUGUCCCAGCGAACAGUGUUCCGAACCCUGAUGGUGUCCCCUCAGAAUAUAAUGCCAAACUCCCGUCUCCCUGCCCGUCAACACUUUCCGAAAACACCAGCAACAGUCCAACACAGAGCCCAGGAAGAGCGACGACUUGAGUGAGUGCGGUCUCCCAGCUAGGCCGCUCAGCCUCAGGACUAACCCAAACAUCGCAGUCUUGUUCAGCUGCGAUGCCACGCCUCUCAGCCCGUAGGAUGGGGACAUGUUUUUCAGGGAUGAGGGGGCACUGACUCUAUAAACACUUAUAUCUGUUGUCGUCAGUGCCUCAGAGAAACUCCCCGAUGGGUCGACAGCUCUGUCCUCCUCUUCUAAGUUUGGAAUCUCCGAUUUUUUUUCACCAGCUUUUCAUACCGCUCCCGCUGGCUUUCUGUCCGACUCCCACCCGCUACCGCAAGAACUGGUCCCGAACCCAACCGCAGUCCUGCAAUGUUAUUUUAGACGUAUGUGACGCAGCUCACUUGCCAGCCAUGGUCCCAACAAUUUUGUGCCAUAUAGGCAAUAUCAAAUGCCAAAAAUAACUUCAGAAAUAGGUUACAUUUCCAGAGAUUCUCACGUGGCCCAUUAUAUUAGGCUAUCUGUAUUCCUGGGCUAUAUCAGCCAAUAGGCUAGAUGUAGUUUGAAAGAAGCAGAGUUGGAAAGAGAGCAGGCACUUUCUCUUGAGCUACGUUUUAUAGCCUACUUUUUAAGAGUGGGACGAUUUUCAGAUGGAGACAAAUAUGGGUGAUCAAUAUGUAGUAAACCAUAGCCUAUUCAUAUUUAGGAAGUUAAUUUCCUUGGAAAGAUAACUACCCCAUGCUUUUCCACCCAUGCAUAGGCUAUAGCCUACUACUUUAGUUGAGACCACAUGCACCUGAUCUUGCAUGUAUGGCUACUGAACUUGAAGCAGUAAGAAUAAUGAGAGCGGACACUCAAACUUUUUCUUGAGCUACAUUUUGCAUAGGCUAUAGGAUAUAGCCUACCUUUUAGGAGGACGAUUUGCAGGCAGAGACUAAUAAAUGGGUAAUCCAAUAUUUAUUGAAAAUAAAAAGGCGCAACGCUUGCUUUUUUGGAUGUACCUCGACUCACGUUGAUUGAGUGCCCUCCACUUCUUUCCAUUAUCAAUAUUUAUUUACAGACACUGUAGUAAACUAUAGGCUAUUCAUAUUUAAGUAAAUUUCCUCUGAAAGAUAACUGGCACGUGAUUCUCCACACAUGCAUAGGCAGCCUACUCUAUUUAAUUGAGACCACACAUAUACUAGGCUCCCUUGAUCUCGCACGUCCAACUAGGAGAGGAGAGGUAGGCUACUGAACUUGAGGCAGCGAAUUCUGAGUGUGAAUAAUGCGACAGGGGUGUUUUUAAUACAAUAUGUAGAAUAAAGCAUACAAAGCAGAAAGAUGACCGUUUCCAAAUAAUCUGUGGGACAAAAAAAAGUAUACAGUAAUCCCAAAGUUGUCUGUUUGACAGCCCGCUUCUACCUGCAGCAUGAAAGAUGCAGACCGCGCCACAAUGAUCUCUGUCGGGACCCGCAGGUCCCACAGACAUCCCGGGGGAAUGCAGCUCUCUACUUGCAUUUUCCCCCAUGAAUUAGUGUGAAAGUGCCAGUUUUGUCCACGAGAUGUCGCUGUUUCUGCUGUUACUGUCACACCCCUUUAUCAAUUUUGCUUGUCUCUUGUGUUUAUUCAAUUAAUCACUUUUUUAUUGCUCAUUAUGAAAAUAAAUGGUGUUGUCAUCCUCACAAAUCAAGCCAGUCUCCCAAUCCAACUCUUCUCGAAUAGUCCAACAAAUGGCAGCAUUCUGAGAGGGCUAUCCCUAUGGUGCAUUUCUCAUGAAUGCAUUGGCUCUCCCGAGUGGCGCAGUGGUCUAAGGCACUGCAUCGCAGUGCUAGCUGUGCCACUAGAGAUCCUGGUUCGAAUCCAGGCUCUGUCAUAGCCGGCCGCGACCGGGAGACCCAUGGGGCGGCGCACAAUUGGCCCAGCGUCGUCCAAGGUAGGGGAGGGAAUGGCCGGCAGGGAUGUAGCUCAGUUGGUAGAGCAUGGCAUUUGCAACGCCAGGGUUGUGGGUUCGAUUCCAGUAUAAAAAAAAUAUAAAAAAUGUAUGCACUCACUAACUGUAAGUCGCUCUGGAUAAGAGUGUCUGCUAAAUGACUAAAAAUGUAAAAAAUGAAUGUGGUGGCGAAAUGGACUAGUGACUAAAAUGUGACAACCCUAAUAAAAUAAUAUAAUUAAAAACAGAUCAGUCUUAUGAUUUUCAAUAAAAUGAUUAGAAAACAUCUCUAUAUGUUUGAUUAGUGACAUUUACCAUUAAACCCAAUUCAUGACCAUUGAAUACCUUUAGAGACCAUAACAUUGAAACCAUUAGAACUGCUGUAGCCUAUUGGUUUGCUUGUUGACCAGGAAUGGUCUAACUAAUCACAACCUUUUUUGAAGGGAAUUAACUAUAUACACAGGGGCCGUUUCCUGGACACAGAUUAUGCCUAAGAGAAGGGCAGUUUGUGAGUGUUUGAAUUGACACAGUGGUCUAAGGCACUGCAUUGCAGUGCUAGCUGUGCCACUAGAGAUCCCGGUUCGAAUCCAGGCUCUGUCGUAGCCGGCCGCGACCGGGAGACCCAUGGGGCGGCGCACAAUUGGCCCAGCGUCGUCCAGGGUAGGGGAGGGAAUGGCCGGCAGGGAUGUAGCUCAGUUGGUAGAGCAUGGCGUUUGCAACGCCAGGGUUGUGGGUUCGAUUCCCACGGGGGACCAGUAUGAAAAAAUAAUAAAACAUAAUAAUGUAUGCACUCACUAACUGUAAGUCGCUCUGGAUAAGAGCGUCUGCUAAAUGACUAAAAUGUAAAAUGUAAUAGUAGUACGUGAAUUGAUUGAUGAGGCUGCCCGCUCUUUUCUUAGUUACGUUCAUGGUUACGUUACGUAUGACGAAAGCGCGUAAGUGCAAGCCCUCAGAAGCCCAUAGAGAUUGUAUUGAAAGCUCUGAAAUUUGAAAAAAAUAGAUUUUACAUGGGAGUCUAUGACAGACUUCUGGGCGAUUUUCAACCUGACUGAAAUCGCCCCAAAAGGGGGGGGGAGCCAUUUGAAGCACGACUUUCGCCUGAUUGGACAUUUAGUGGCAGUGUGGCACUGUGGCAGAUUACAACACUGAUAACUACUGUUGCCGUGAUAUAAUUGAUUAGAAAAAAAUUCCCUUCCUUUUCCCGUUUGGCAGUGCGUCGCCCAUAUCGCCCUAUUGAACAGACCGCCCCUGAUUAGGACACAUUUUCAUUAUUGGUGUUUCUGCUUUCUAAAUGUCUUUCCUGAGAGGCAAAUAUGGUACAAAAGCUGUGUAGGUAGAUGUAACCAAAUAAAAUAUACACUGCUCAAAAAAAUAAAGGGAACACUUAAACAACACAAUGUAACUCCAAGUCAAUCACACUUCUGUGUGUCACGGUUUCGGCCGAGGCUGCUCCUCCUCCUGGUUCGGGCAUUGCUUCGGCGGUCGUUGUCCCCGGAGUACUAGCUGCCACCGAUCUAUGUUUCAUGUUCGUUUGGUUUUGUCUUGAUGUUGUACACCUGUGUCUAGUUAGUCCUCGUUAGUGUCCUAUUUAGUUCUCGUUGUGUGUGUCUGUGUUUGUGUGUGAUUGCUCUUCUGUUUUGGUGUUUGAGCUACGUACUUCCCUCCAGUGUUUGGAGAGGUUUUUGCACAUGUUAGUGCGCCGUUUGUUUGACGCCUGCGUGCGCCGUUAUUUCGCCUCCGGGCUUAUUGUGCUCAUUUACUACGUGAAUAUUUCACUAAAGUCUUUUGGACUGAGCUUCUGCGUCCUGCGCUUGAUUCCUGCACCACACCCACCUUCAGCACCCUAUGACACUGUGAAAUCAAACUGUCCACUUAGGAAGCAACACUGAUUGACAAUAAAUUUCACAUGCUGUUGUGCAAAUGGAAUAGACAAUAGGUGGAAAUUAUAGUCAAUUAGCAAGACACCCCCAAUAAAGGACUGGUUUUGCAGGUGAUGACCACAGACCACUUCUCAGUUCCUAUGCUUCCUGGCUGAUGUUUUGGUCACUUUUGAAUGCUGGCGGUGCUUUCACUGUAGUGGUAGCAUGAGACAGAGUAUACAACCCACACAAGUGGCUCAGGUAGUGCAGCUCAUCCAUGAUGGCACAUCAAUGCGAGCUGUGGCAAGAAGGUUUGCUGCGUCUGUCAGCGUAGUGUCCAGAGCAUGGAGGCGCUACCAGGAGACAGGCCAGUACAUCAGGAGACGUGGAGGAGGCCGUAGGAGGGCAACAACCCAGCAGCAGGACUGCUACCUCCGCCUUUGUGCAAGGAGGAGCAGGAGGAGCACUGCCAGAGCCCUGCAAAAUGACCUCCAGCAGGCCACAAAUGUGCAUGUGUCUGCUCAAACGGUCAGAAACAGACUCCAUGAGGGUGGUAUGAGGGCCCGACGUCCACAGGUGGGGGUUGUGCUUACAGCCCAACACCGUGCAGGACGUAUGGCAUUUGCCAGAGAACACCAAGAUUGGCAAAUUCGCCACUGGCGUCCUGUGCUCUUCACAGAUGAAAGCAGGUUCACACUGUUCGCACGUGACAGACGUGACAGAGUCUGGAGACGCCGUGGAGAACGUUCUGCUGCCUGCAACAUCCUCCAGCAUGACCGGUUUGGCGGUGGGUCAGUAAUGGUGUGGGGUGGCAUUUCUUUGGGGGGGGCCACACAGCCCUUCAUGUGCUCGCCAGAGGUAGCCUGACUGCCAUUAGGUACCGAGAUGAGAUCCUCAGACCCCUUGUGAGACCAUAUGCUGGUGCGGUUGGCCCUGGGUUCCUCCUAAUGCAAGACAAUGCUAGACCUCAUAUGGCUGGAGUGUGUCAGCAGUUCCUGCAAGAGGAAGGCAUUGAUGCUAUGGACUUUAUUCCACAAGAACCACAGCUGGUCUUAGAGGGGAAUCAGGGUGUCUGACCUGAUGAAGACGAUAUGCGUUGGUGUAUUUUAAUAACGUUUUAGCCCAUACAUUAAAGGGUUUUUAACUCCCAAACCCUCAAUAGUGCCUGGAGUUGGAUUUUUUUAUGCCACUUAGCACCUAUUUGUGGUUAUAACUGUUCCUUUUUGCUUUUCAGAAAAUUAUUUCAGUUAUUCUUUAAAUCGCUCAUUUAUUACUGCCCUGCGUUACACAAAUUCAAUUCAAGCAACAAUCACCAUUAACAUCUUUAUAAAAUACUUAUGCUUGUGUUAAUUUGAUGUGUUUUCAGUCUCGAAUCCAGGGGUCCAGAGACACAACAGUGUGGAGUUAUUGCCCCCAAAGAGUGAGUGAUCAAUAAAAUAUCAACUGAUUUUCAAUUCCUCUGUCUAGAUUGAAGAGUUGUGCAUUUAUGUUGUUCUGUUGUAAUAUGGUGCGUAAUGUUCAUGGUGUUAUCCUGAAAGAAAAGCAAACAAAAAUGUAAGUGUCAACAUUUUCAACAAUGUUUUACAGCAGACAUUUUAACUUGGUUGUGGUUGUGUUUAUGUUACAGUGUCUGAAAGUCCUACAGAGCUAAGGAUUGUGCUGCUCGGCAAGAAUGGCUCUGAGAAGAGUGCUGUUGGAAACGUCAUCCUGGAUAGAGGGGCAUUUGACCCCAACUAUGUACAAAGUCGCUGUGAGAGAGCCAGGGGUCAAGUAGACGGAAGAGGCAUAGCUGUGAUCAACACUCCAGACCUGUUAGACCCUCACAUCUCACAUGACAAACUCUUAGAGGAACUGCGUUGGUGUGUCACUCUGUCUGACCCAGGACCUCAUGUGUUCCUGUUGGUCCUGCAGCCUGAGGAGUUCACACAAGAAGAGGGAAACAGAAUCAGGCAAAUCCUAGACAACCUCAGUGACCGGUCCUUUGAAUACUCAAUGGUACUGAUAACUCAUGAAGACAAGAGGGGACACAUGCAUGAUGAUCACCCUCUGAAUCAGAUGGUCAGCGCCUGUAGAGGGAGGCAGCACCUCAGUGACCGCACUCAACUUAUGGCAGAUGUUGACAAGAUUGUAAAGGAGAAUGGAGGAGGCUAUCUCACCUGUGAGCUAUCUGAAGAUACUACAAGUGGCAUGGUACAAGGGAAAGAGGAAAUCCACAGGACUAAAACUGAUUGGAGCCUCAAAUCUUCCUCUGAGGAAGAACUUGGAAAGGAUGUUUUGGAACAAGGUGAAUCAGCACAAUUGGACAAUUGGGUGAAAAUUAGAGAAAUUGGUAAGUAUACAGAGAGCACAAAAGUUAUAGUGAGAUGAGCAUUGAAUACCACUGACAAUUAAAUUUUGUUUAAUGAAUAACUGGUUUAAAUGGACUGCAAAGAGGAAGUCACUGAAAUUGAUAGUCAACUUUUUUUCAGGAUUGGUAUCACUUAAGGAAGAAAGAGGGGAGCCAAGCAGUGAAGAAAAAUGUGGUGGGUAAAAUUCAGUAGUUUAUACACCAUAUUGCAACUAUUUUCUAUUAAAGAGGGAGAGCUACGGCUCGGUAAGGAUUUGUCAUUAGGACACAUUUUCAUUAUUGGUGUUUCUGCUUUCUAAAUGUCUUUCCUGAGAGGAAAAUAUGGUACAAAAGCUGUGUAGGUAGACGUAACCAAAUAAAAUAUAUAUACGUUUUAUUAUUCACUGAUGUCCAUUUCAAUAUUCUGCUGACCUCCAUUACCAAUGUGUUCAUAUCUCUGAGGUCCUACUGUACUUUAAAGUCUAGUAUAAUGCUCAUGUCAUUGUUGUGUUAACACUUUUAAUGAUUAGAAUGUGGUAUGAUCGCUCGUCCAUAUAUGUACAGUGAAGGAAAAAAGUAUUUGAUCCCCUGCUGAUUUUCUACGUUUGCCCACUGACAAAGACAUGAUCAGUCUAUAAUUUUAAUGGUAGGUUUAUUUGAACAGUGAGAGACAGAAUAACAACAACAAAAUCCAGAAAAACGCAUAUCAAAAAUGUUUUAAAUUGAUUUGCAUUUUAAUGAGGGAAAUAAGUAUUUGACCCCCUCUCAAUCAGAAAGAUUUCUGGCUCCCAGGUGUCUUUUAUACAGGUAACGAGCUGAGAUUAGGAGCACACUCUUAAAGGGAGUGCUCCUAAUCUCAGCUUGUUACCUGUAUAAAAGACAUCUGUCCACAGAAGCAAUCAAUCAAUCAGAUUCCAAACUCUCCACCAUGGCCAAGACCAAAGAGCUCUCCAAGGAUGUCAGGGACAAGAUUGUGGACCUACACAAGGCUGGAAUGGGCUACAAGACCAUCGCCAAGCAGCUUGGUGAGAAGGUGACAACAGUUGGUGCGAUUAUUCGCAAAUGGAAGAAACACAAAAUAACUGUCAAUCUCCCUUGGCCUGGGGCUCCAUGCAAGAUCUCACCUCAUGGCGUUGCAAUGAUCAUGAGAACGGUGAGGAAUCAGCCCAGAACUACACAGGAGGAUCUUGUCAAUGAUCUCAAGGCAGCUGGGACCAUAGUCACCAAGAAAACAAUUGGUAACACACUACGCCGUGAAGGACUGAAAUCCUGCAGCACCCGCAAGGUCCCCCUGCUCAAGAAAGCACAUAUACAUGCCCGUCUGAAGUUUUCCAAUGAACAUCUGAAUGAUUCCGAGGAGAACUGGGUGAAAGUGUUGUGGUCAGAUGAGACCAAAAUGGAGCUCUUUGGCAUCAACUCAACUCGCCGUGUUUGGAGGAGGAGUAAUGCUGCCUAUGACCCCAAGAACACCAUCCCCACCGUCAAACAUGGAGGUGGAAACAUUAUGCUUUGGGGGUGUUUUUCUGCUGAGGGGACAGGACAACUUCACCGCAUCAAAGGGAUGAUGGACGGGGCCAUGUACCGUCAAAUAUUGGGUGAGAACCUCCUUCCCUCAGCCAGGGCAUUGAAAAUGGGUCGUGGAUGGGUAUUCCAGCAUGACAAUGACCCAAAACACACGGCCAAGGCAACAAAGGAGUGGCUCAAGAAGAAGCACAUUAAGGUCCUGGAGUGGCCUAGCCAGUCUCCAGACCUUAAUCCCAUAGAAAAUCUGUGGAGGUAGCUGAAGGUUUGAGUUGCCAAACGUCAGCCUCGAAACCUUAAUGACUUGGAGAAGAUCUGCAAAGAGGAGUGGGACAAAAUCCCUCCUGAGAUGUGUGCAAACCUGGUGGCCAACUACAAGAAACGUCUGACCUCUGUGAUUGCCAACAAGGGUUUUGCCACCAAGUACUAAGUCAUGUUUUGCAGAGGGGUCAAAUAAUUAUUUCCCUAAUUUAAAAUGCAAAUCAAUUUAUAACAUUUUUGACAUGCGUUUUUCUGGAAUUUUUUGGUUGUUAUUCUGUCUCUCACUGUUCAAAUAAACCUACCAUUAAAAUUAUAGACUGAUCAUUUCUUUGUCAGUGGGCAAACGUACAAAAUCAGCAGGGGAUCAAAUACUUAUUCCCCUCACUGUAUAUAUUCUUAAUUCAUUCCUUACUUAGAUUUGUGUGUAUUUGGUAUAUGUGAAAUUGUUAGAUAUUACUUGUUAGAUAGUACUUCACUGUCGGAGCUAGAAGCACAAGCAUUUCGCUACACCCGCAAUAACAACUGCUAAACACGUGUAUGUGACCAAUAAAAUUAGAUUUGAUUUGAUGAGUUCACAGCUCAUAAACCAACAGCAUCUAUCAAUUUGAGGUCAUUACUCCCUCUGGUGGAUACAAAGAGAAAUGCUGCUCAACAUUUAGAGAUGAUUUUUGAGGUGCUUCAUAGUGCAGCGAUGUGCCAUAUAGAUCCCCACAGUGGAGGUGUCAUAAUACCCAUAAAACCUAGCGGUCAAACAGGGAAAUGGUUCCAAUAGUUUUUCCACCAUUCAUUUUUUCCAUAGGGGAUUUUAAAAAGACUUAAAAUAAUGGCUGUGUUUUGUGUAGGCUUACCCUGGCGUGACGUUUUGAUAACCAUGUAAAUAUCUCUCUGACAAGGUGACUUCGGCUCUAUUUACUCUUAGAUUCGAAAAUGCUAAUUAGCAUCAAAGUUGACAUCAUGCAAACUACAAAUCUCUGCAAACUCCUGCACGUCAUAGAUUACACCUUUGCUAACAGGUAUUGUGUCAAUUUAAAACUUGCACAAGACAGUUCACAGAAUUGUCCAUUUAAAGAAAUGUUGCACAUUUAUUAAUUACUACAUUUAGAUAACAUUAGAUAGUUAAUCCAGAGAUUCUUACCUAAGCCUACACGAAACACAGCCCUUAUUUUAAGUGUUUCUAAAAUCCCUUAUUGGAAAAAUGAAUGGUGGAAAAACGAUUGGCACUAUUUCCCUGCUUGACCGCUAGGUUUUAUGGGUAUUAUGACACCUCCGCUGUGGGGCUCUAUGGUGGCCAUUAAAUAUGGCGCUUUGGCGUACAAUGUGAGGGAUAUCAGGGGAAUCGCUGUGCAAAAUAAAAUGCUGGAACUGUACUCACUCAAUAUUACUGACUACUACUGUAAAGCUUUUUGUUCACAAGCAUUGGGAGAAAAACAUUAUUAAUUCGCAACAGGGACAAUCCUCCAGUGCAAAAAUUUGGUAAACAGGUAAACUACAUUUUGUUAAAUAUGCAUAUCCUUAUAUUAAUCAAUCUUACAUGUGUUUUACAGUGUCUUCACUCAGGAUUGUGCUUCUGGGGAAGAGUGAUGACAAGAAGAAUGUAGUGGGUAACAUGAUCCUACAGAAACAGGCUUUUAAUUCUGCUCGUUUCGUUAACUCUAAACAGCAAUGUGAGUCAGCCAAUGGGAAGGUGAAGGGCAAGUCUGUUACUGUUGUAAAGACUCCAGACUUAUUUUCUCUGACUGUGGAGUCCCUGAUGCAGGAGAUGGAGAAAUGUAAGUCCCUCUCUGCCCCUGGGCCUCAUGGGAUCCUGCUGGUGUUGAAGCCUGAGGAGUUCACAGAGGAGAACAGAAACACAUUGAAGUUCAUCCUGAGCAUAUUUGGUAAAGAGGCCUUCAAGCACUCAAUGGUGAUCAUUACUCACAAGGAAGUCGCAGUUAAUCCUCAUCUGAGACAAAUGGUCAUAGAAUGUGGAGGAAGGCAUCACGAAAUUAUCAAACAAGGAAGUGACCACAAAGAGUUAACUGAAAAGAUAGAAAAGAUGGUAGAGGAGAAUGAAUGGAGAUACCUCACCUCCAAUGAAGAGACGACACAUGAUACCAUGACACCAAAGGCUCAGAGACUGAACGUGGUGCUGUGUGGCAGAAGAGGAGCUGGGAAGACUUCUACAGCCAAUGCCAUACUGGGUCAGACAGAGUCCAGUCCAAAGUCCAGCUCUUCCUCAGUGUGUGUGAAGAGAGAAGGAGAGGUGUGUGGUCGGCUGGUCACCCUCAUCGAGCUGCCUGCUCUGUAUGGAACACGUCUCACUCAGGAGGAAGUGAUGCGUGAGACUUUCCGCUGUGUCUCUCUCUGUGACUCUGGAGUCCAUGCUUUCCUCCUGGUCGUACCUUUGCGUCCACUCACUGAUGAAGACAAAGGAGAGUUCGAGACCAUCCAGAAGGUUCUCAGCUCACGAGUCAAUGACUUUGCCAUGGUCCUGUUUAGACAGGAUUACAUUCCAGUUGAUAAAACUGCAGUUGACUUUGUGGAACAAAAUGCAGACACAAAGCAACUGAUCAAGAUAUGCGGAGGGCGGUAUAAAAUCUUUGACGCUUUGAAGAUUGAGAACGCCAAGCAGACGCUUGUAGCAGAAAUAGUCCAAAUGAUGGAUCAGAACAAGACAUGCUACACUCUGUACAUGUACAUGGAGGCUAAGCAUCAAUCAGAACUGGACGAAAAGAACAGAAUAAUCAAGGAUUUAGAGCAGAAAGUCAGCAACAUGUCACAAGGUGAGUUUGUUGAACACAGGGAUGAACAAAUAUUGGGCAGUGAUUGGGAAAGCAAGCAUUUCACAGUAUGAAUCUUCUAUGUUGAUUUCAAUAUCAGUUCAUGCAGUAAUUAACAUUAUUUUAUGAUCAUUUAUUGUUUAAUUUGUAGGUGCUGAAAUGGAGCGCUCCAGCACAGAGUGCGUGAGGGUGGUGCUGAUUGGGAAAACUGGAAAUGGGAAGAGCGCCUCCGCAAACACUAUCCUGGGUAGAGAUGCAUUUGAGUCUGAAUCCAGGACUGACUCUGUGACAACGGUUUGCAAGAAGGCAGUCGGAAAAGUUGAUGGAAGAACAGUUGCUGUGGUGGACACCCCUGGCCUUUUUGACACAACAUUGUCUAAUAAAGAUGUUCAGCAAGAGAUAGAGAAAUAUGUUUCCCUGUCAGCUCCUGGACCCCAUGUGUUUAUCAUAGUGUUGAGUAUCGGGAGAAUCACGCAAGAGGAGCUGGACACUUUGGACCUCAUAGAGACAACCUUUGGUCCACAGGCAAGAAUGUUCUGCUUAGUUCUGUUUACUAGAGGAGAUGACUUGGGAAAGAAAUCAAUUCAAGAUUACAUUGGGAAAAGCAUGAAUGCCAAACUGAAAAAACUGAUCAGAGAUUGUGGAGGCAGACUCCAUGUCUUCAACAACAGAGGUGAAGAUGACCGCACACAGGUCACUGAGCUUCUUAAGAAGAUUAACGAAAUGGUGUCCAUGAACAAGGGCCGUUUCUACACCAAUGAGAUGUUCCAGGAGGCAGAGGCAGCCAUUAAACAGAAACAGGAAGAAAUACUGAAGGAGAGAGAGAUGGAGAUUAAGGCUGACAUGGAGAAACUGAAGGUCAGCCAUGAAACAGCCAUGGAAAAGAUGAAGUCAAAGUUGGAAGAGGAGAGAUUGAAAGUUCAGGAGGAAAGACAGCUGAGAGAAAACAUGUUGAGAGAGCGAGAGGAAGCUAUUAGAAAAGAGCAUGAAGAAAAGGAGAAAGCAGAGAAGGAAGAAAGAAAGUUGAAGGACAAGAAAAAGAAAGAAGAUGAAAAGUUGAAAAAAGAAACAUGGGACACAGAAAAAGAGAAGAUGGAAAAAGAGAUACAAUCUCAGAAAAAAGAGUUGGAAAAACAACAAAGAGAAAAGGAGAAAGAAUAUAAAAUGAGAAUGGAACAACAGAGAAAGGAAGAGGAAGACAGAGAAGAAUUGGUUAAAAAUCAAGAAAGGCAGUUUGCAGAACUGAAAAGGAAACAGGAUGAGGAAAUGGAAAAGAGAGAGAAAGAAGAGGAUGAGAGGAGGAAACAGGAAGAGAAAGAAUGGCAAAGCAAAAUAGAGGAAGCAGAGAAAGGUCAAACAGAACUCCAAGAGGUCAUGCGUAGAGAAAAAGAGGAACGGGAGGAACAGUUGAAGAAAGAAAGAGACAGACAACAGGAAGAAGAAAGGCUGAGGAGACAGAAGGAGGUAGAAACUCUUGUAGAACAAGAGAAAAAACAAAGGAGAUUGAGAGAGGAGUUUGAAAGAGAGAGGGAACAAGAGAGAAUAAAGAUGAAGGAAUUAGAAGAGCAGAGGAGAGAAAUAGAGUGGAAAGAAAGAGAAAAAUUGAAAAAGACUUUGAAGAAAAGAGGAGAGAGUUGA